AUAAUUUAAAGUGAUCGCGAAAAUGUCAAGCUGAGUAAGUAAUGAGAGCGUGUAGGGAGUUUAAGGGUUGUUCGUUCCCUUGAGUACGUCAUCUACAUGCCGUUUCAGGUAGAAGGGGAUAUGGAAGAAUACGAACAAGAUUUAUCCGUAGUUGAUGUGUAUGAUAUUGCUUCGGAAAUUGGAAAGGAGUUCGAAAAGAUAAUCGAUGCUUACGGAACGCAGGCUGUUACUGGUUUGAUGCCCAAAGUAAUAAGUGCAUUGGAGAAUCUUGAAGCACUAGCGACGAAAAAUGAAAGGGAAAAUACUACCGUAGAAGAGCUACGGGCAAGGAUCGCUAAAUUGGAAAGUGACAAGCUUGAAAAGGCAGAAGAUCGUCAAAGAUUUGAAAAGGAAUUGGAACAAAUAGAAGAACAUUGGCGGGAAGAGUCGCAAGAUUUGGUGUCUAUGGUAACAAGAUUACAAGAUGAAAAUCACAAACUCUCAGCGUUGUUGGCAGAAAGAGAUGACAAACUAUGUGGCGAUUCAGCUCAUACAGUAAGCACAGAAGUUGAUGUUGUGGUGCUGCAAAGACUGCGUAAUGUCAUUGACCAACAGAGAGAACAGAUUCGUUGCAGAGAAAGGGAAAUUCAGGCCAAAGCUGCAGAAAUUGAUGCUCUGAGUGCUCAAGUUGAGAGGUUAACAAUGCUGGGACGUGAGUUGCGACGUAAGCACCGGGGAGCACAAGCUCAGGUGCACUCACUCAUAGAUGAACGCGCAGACUUCCUGGCACAGCUGCAAGACCAGCAGCGUGAGCUUGUUGGCCUCCGGCAGCGUCUUGGGCUUGCCCAGAAAGAAAACGAAGAUCUUGCCAAGUCUCAUUCUGAAGUGCCAGACCUAACAAAUAAAGUGGUUUAUGAUUUGGAUGAUCCAAACCGGCCACGCUUUACGACUGCAGAACUGAAGGAAAUACUGCAUGAACGAAAUGAACUGAAGGCUAAAGUCAGCGAUCUGGAGGAUGAGCUGGAAAUUUACAGGCCAAAAUCAAGGGACUUCUUCAGCAGUCCUCGGUGGUCAACUGAACAACGGAGUUCUUUCUGUGAUCUCAACACCAAGUCACCUGUGGCAGUUGUUCGACCACAUUUCCCCUCCCCACCACCUGUCUCAGAAUCCUAUUCCAUUCUUGAGAAGGAAACUUUCAACUCAGCAGGGAAAGAUAGCAACUCUUCUGCCUUUCAGGCAUCUGAAGUUGAGGUUGCAAUCUGUUGCAUGGCAGAUGAGAGUAAAGUAUUGGUGCCUGAAAGUGACUGUUUAGUCAGCCUUGAGAGGAUGCUUUCUCAUGAAAGAGUCAAGAGAUCUCCUAGUGAAGAAGAAGAGGAACCACCAGUACAAGGACCUCUUCCUUUCGAACCUGAUGAUGCUCCAUGGAAGAAAUCUGAAUCUGGAAUUCGUAAAUUUUUUCGGAAGCUCCUUAGUGACAACAAUGGUUCAUUCCUUGGUGCUGCUCCAAAACGAAGUCUUUCAUCAUUGUCCAAGAUGGCCCUAUCUAGCACUUCAGAUUCUAACAUACCAUUGUAAUAGAGUUGUUGAUCCUUCAUUUACUGCUUUAUUUCCUAGAUAUAUUGUUGAUAUUGCAGGCAAUAUUGAACUCUGCAGGUUUCAUGAAUGAAGAUGUGUGUUUAUUGAAAUUUGAGUGAACAGAAGACUAUCUCAGAGAUAAUCAGAAGUAUGUUCCAACUAUAUUAAUAGCAUUUUGGUCAAUAUCCACUGUCUGUGUUUAGGGAAAUACAGAAUGUAAAAUGUUGUUAGUACUGAAUAAGUAGAUAAGAGUAUUACAACAAAUGUGGUUUAUCUUUUCACACAUUCCUUUCUCUUUUGUUCAGUUGCUUAUUGUUAUGAAGUGGUAAAAAUGCUGUGCUCUCUUGGAUGUUUGUUUUACAAUCAUUUGCCUGAAUAUUCUGCUUAAUUCUUGCUUUUAGAUACUUUUAAGAGUUCAGAGUAUAUAUAUAUUUUUAUUUAUACACAUACAUUACUUCAGUGAGUAUAAAACUGAAAAGAAAAGCUGAACCAUUUUAAACUGAUAGUUGGUAUUUUAAAUGUUGCUGCAUGUGUCUGUGGAUUCAUAUCCAUUCCCAGUAUUGUUACUAAAUUGAUAUUUUAUUUAUUUUUUCGUAAAUAUUCAAAUUUAUAAAUACAUCAUAUGUAUCUGUAGAAUAUAUUUCCAGAUAAGUAUGGUAAGACAUUCAUUGGUAGAUCUACUUGAUGACAUGUUUUUAUAGACUGGUUUUUAUAAUUGCUCGUGCAAGUCGGUUUCCUUUGUUCCUGUCAAACAUGGACAGAGAACUUUGUCAUCUUGUGUAACUGAAAAAACUUUUCAUUUAUCUUUGUUGGAGGUUAAUUUAUACAUGUAAAUUCAUUUAUAGUUAUGCUGCUACUUUGUACAUAGCAUCAUAUAUUGUAAAUAUGCUAAAUCUCUUUGUGGCAGAAUGUACUGCCAUGUACUGCAAAAGGCUUAAUAUAUAAUAAUUUGUAUAUUGAUACACUGAUGUGAUAACUUUUUUAUCCUUUUGUAUUUUGGAUCUGAUAACUUUAUUUGUGUAAUAUAUGAUUCAGUGCUACUAUUUUAAGUUGAUUAAGUGUGUUGAAAAUAUUAUGGAGAAUAUGCCAUUUCUUUAGAAGAAUGUACACUAAAUUUUGUCAUGGUAUGACAUACACUGCACAUUAGAAUUAUGGUGAGCUGAAGAAGGUGAAUGACUUUCAGAACUUUUUUGUGUAUGUUAUGAUGAAUAGAUAAGACCUAAAAUAUGUACCAUUGCAGGUCUCAUAAAAAAAUGUUGUACGUACACAAAUAUUUUUUCUGAAAGUUUUGUGAUACAGGGUACAUGAAAGUACUUGAAAUUACUUAAAAUUUUUGACAUACGUUUAUUUGGUGUUCUUGCUUUUCCGUUGUGUACAGAUACAGUCUUCAUAUUAAGUGUGCCAAUAAGUCACUAUUUACAGUUGUUCUAAGCUGGCAGAAACCAACACUUUCUCAUUUGACAGUAAGUCACUCAGCAGACAGUGUACUGCUAUACAUUUUGGAAUGUUCGACAUUAAAUAAGAGCAUUUAGAGUGAAGUGAUUGUAGCAAUUUGUUAUAUUUGUUUUUGCAACAAGUGUUUCUGUAAAUGUUAGUGUUAUGCAAGUACUUUUAAGCUAAAUGUUUUACAAAAGAUUGACCUAUUUGUUACUGGAUACUGAAAACUUUGGUUGUAUAGGUACUGAAACAGGCAUUUGUGCAAAUAGGAACAGUGAUGGUAGAUAUGUUGUGCAAGAAAGUCCUUUCUUCAGAAGGAUCAAGAUUCUCAUGUCUAACAAUAAAUGGCAUUUUUCCUAUUUUAAAAUUAUUGAUGAGUUAGAAAUACAAUAUUUUAGAGAAAAUUAUUCUGUACUGAAAAUUUUAACAGAUUUUAUGGAAGUAUCUACAAAUAUACCUGGAAAAAAGGCAAUCCUGUAGGUUUGGAACACCCUAUUCAUUGCAUAAUUUCAGUUCUGUGCAUUCAGUCUAACUUGUUUAGAUGUAAGUUGGCUGACCAAAAAUAUAUGGAUGUUAAAAUAA